GCCCCUGUGCUCUCUGAGCUCCAGCAUGGUGUGCCUGCGGUUCCCCGGAGGCUCCUGGAUGGCCGCUCUGACGGUGACGCUGAUGGCACUGAGCCCUCCCCUGGCUCUGGCCAGGGACACACCAGCACAUUUCCUGGAGCAGGUUAAACAUGAGUGUCAGUUCUCCAAGGGGACGGAGCGGGUGCGGUUCCUGGAGAGAUGGAUCUACAACGGGCAGGUGUAUGUGCGCUUCGACAGCGACGUGGGGGAGUACCGCGCGGUGACCGAGCUGGGGCGGCUUACCGCCAAGUACUGGAACAGCCAGAAGGACAUCCUGGAGCAGAUGCGGGCCCAGGUGGACACCGUGUGCAGACCCAACUACGGGGUAUUGGAUGGAUUCCUGGUGCAUCGGCAAACUCUGCCCACAGUGACCGUGUUCCCGGCCAAGACCCAGCGCCUGCAGCACCACAACCUCCUGGUCUGCUCCGUGAACGGCUUCUACCCGGGCCCCAUCGAGGUCCGCUGGCUGCGGGACGGCCGGGAAGAGCAGGCCGGGGUGGUGUCCACGGGCCUGAUCCGGAACGGGGACUGGACCUUCCAGAUGCUGGUGAUGCUGGAAACAGUGCCCCGGAGCGGGGAGGUCUACACCUGCCACGUGCAGCACCCCAGCAGCUCCAGCCCCGUCACCGUGGAAUGGAGGGCCCAGUCCGGAUCCGCACAGAGCAAGGUGCUGAGUGGAGCCGGGGGCUUCGUGCUGGGGCUGCUCUUCCUCGGGGCGGGGCUGCUGGUCUCCUUCAGGGCGCGGAAAGGACACUCUGGACUUCAGCCUACAGGGCUCCUGAGCUGAGGCGGCCAUGGCGACACGGACAGGAAAGACCCUUCUGUCCGGCCCCUUGGCAGCCUGAAGAGGUUUCCUGCUGGGCUCUCACUCCACAGGAGAGCCGCCUCGGGUUCUGGGGGGUCCUGGCUCCUGACCCCCAGCAGCUCCUCCCUGCUGGUUCCUCCCGCCCUGGACCUGGAGGCCCCAGUGUUGGCUGCAGAGCCUUAGCUCCAUCCUCCCUGUCCCUUUGUGUUCAACCCUCGCUGUCUGCUGUGCACCUUAGCUCACCUCUGCCCACAUUUCUUUACAAAAUGUUCCUCAAUUAAAUACGGAGUGAAAUCAUCUGACUGGCAUGGAUUCAAGGACAGGAAGUAGGAAGAAAGAGUGUUGCACAGGACCUAGGAGAGUGGGCGCCAACAGAGCUGUGGAGGCCAAGGGCCCUAGGGCGCUUACGAACCCCUCACAUGCAGAGGAGGCACCUGAGCCCAGAGGCCAAAAGCCUCCCAAGUCACCCAGUCAAGAUGGAGACCCAGGUUCCGACCCUGGGCCCACAGCUUGCUUGGUGCGACUCCCCCAGGUCAUCAGGAGCCAGGAAGGGGCUGGUGCAGGGCGUGGGGGUCCCCCGGCUCCCGCCCCUCCCAGGCUCUUGAGCUCAGUCUGGGAGACAGAGUCAGGAGUCCAGUCCCCUGUGGGCCCAGCAGCAGUUUCCAUGCUUGGGACCCUCCCGUCUCCUGUUGGGUCACCCCCACCCCAGGAAGCUCCCGUCUGAUGAGACAAAAGAAACAGAGAGUCAAGCGUGCACGUCAGUCACUGGGGAGAACACACCGUGACAGGAGAGCGUGGCCUGGCCCUGGCUGGUUUGGCUCAGUGGCUAGAGCGUCGGCCUGCCGAUUGGUGGGUCUUGGGUUUGAUUCCGGUCAAGGGCACAUCCUUGGGUUGCAUGCUUGAUCCCUCAUAUGGGGUGUGCAGGAGACAGCUGGUCAAUAAUUCUCUCUCAUCAUUGAAUUUUCUAUUUCUCAUUCCCUCUCCCUUCUCUCUGAAAUCAAUAAAAAUAUAUUUA